CAGAUCACAUUCUUACAAUUAAACACAAAGAAGCUUUGGCAGCAAAAGCAAAAACGAAAUCCGUCAAAAAGUUUUUUAGUAAGCCAUCCAAACUUAGCAAUAUAUGAAGGAACGCUUGCAUUUGACACCAUUCGUCACAACCAAUCGUUUCGCAGCAUGGACUGUACUUCAAAUUUACAGAAGAAAUUUGUAGACAAGAAAUUUUCUUGUGCCCGAACAAAAUGCGAAGCUAUCGCUGUCAAUGUUUUUUCUCCGUGGGCAUUUCUUGAAUUGAAGAAAGAUUUACAGUCUGUUCAAUUUGUAACAAUAUCUUACGAUACUUCCAAUCACAAUCAUGUAAAAUUACUCCCUAUUUUAGUGCGGUAUUUUCAGCGGGACUGUGCUAAAGAUCUAAUUAAUAAUAAACUUGAUAAAAUGGCUGGUUUGUCUGCGGAUUAUACUAACACUAAUUUUGGAGGAUUGUUAAGAAGAGGAACAGAAAAUGUUCAUACUAAACUUCAAACUGAGUUAGGAAGAGAUAUUUUUGGUUUUGGGUGUAAUGCGCAUAUUAUACAUAAUGGCGCUAAAACUGCUUUUGAUUGUUUGCCUGUAGAUAUUGAAGUUAUGAAUUAUUUUGAGAGUGAAACAACCGAGUUAUGGUUGUUUUUUGCGCAUUCGCAUGCUGCAAUUUUUAAUCAAAGCAUCUUGAAAAUUGAAAGCGAUGACAAAUGUGUUAUUGUAUCUGGGGCGGUUGUCAAGGAUUUGAUAUUUAAAUUGAAAGCACGAAAGAAUGCCAAAUUUGUUCCACUUGUUGUAAAACCUGAAUUGACUAAAUUGAUUGCUGAGAAUAUCAUUAUUGAAGAUUCUUAUUUAGAAACGUCGAAAGAAUUCUAUGAAACUGCGAUUUCAUUUUUAGAAGCUUGGAACGAUAACAACGAUGAUAUGUCUGAAUUGAAGUGCCUUCUUUCAGAUUGUAAGCCUUCACGGUCUGAAUUCGACGAGGCAGUUCUGUCCCUCUCUUCAAAAUGCGCAAUUUGUAAUGUUAAUUCCGACGAUUUGUUUGACGAACAAAUGGCGCGAAAUAAACAAUUAUUUUCAAAAAAACAAUAUACCAUUUACAAUUUCAAAAGAAUUGUUGAGCAUGAGCUUGCUAUGUGCUGGCCAAGCAGCAAUGCGCCUGUAGAACGGGUAUUUUCGCGCAUAAAUAACUAUUGGACUAAAGAAAAAUCGCGAAUGGAUUUGAAUACAGUGGAAGCGGUUUUAUCUGUACUGAUUAAUUUUGAUUUUUCAUGUGACAUAUUUUCUCAAUUACUCGAAAAAAAUCUCGAAAUUUUAAAGAAGAUUCAUUCUUCAGAAAAAUACGGUGUUUAGAAAUACAGUGGAAAGUCGCGUAUCCGGAAUCGGCGGGACUUUCCGAAGUCCGGAUAAUCGAUUUUUCCGUAUAAUAGACCCCCAAGGUAAACAGAGAUUAAAAUGAUCUGAAUCUAAGAAGCAGAAAUUAAAUAACAUUAUUUUUCGGGCAAUAAUGUUUUAGUAUUA